GUCUUUCAACAAGAUAAUGACCCGAAACACACUUCCCGUGAUGUUCAAAAUGAUCUGAGAGCUCACCUUCCACGGGGCAAACUUCAAAAGGUUUUAAUCUGUCUAGGUCGGAUCCUUCCUUGGCCUUCCUAUAGCCCAGAUCUCAACCUAUUGAGAAUAUGUGGGCUGUUUUGA